AUGGCCAACCAAACCACCGUCACUGGCUUUCUCCUCCUGGAAUUUUCUGACAGCCAGGAGCUGCAGCUUUUAUAUUUUGCCAUCUUUCUGGCAGCGUACCUGGCAGCUCUGAUAGGUAAUCUCCUCGUUAUCAUGGUGGUGGCCCUCGACCACCAACUUCACACUCCCAUGUACUUCUUCCUGAUGAAUUUGUCCAUCCUAGACCUUGGAACCAUCUCUGUAACUGUUCCCAAAUCCAUGGCUAAUUCCCUGUGGAACACCAGGUCCAUUCCCUACGCUGGAUGUGUUGCCCAAGUUUUCUUCUUUUUUUUCUUUGCUACAGCCAACUUUGCCUUCCUCACCAUCAUGGCAUAUGAUCGAUACACUGCAAUCUGCAAACCACUGUACUAUGAGACCAUAAUGAGCAGGAAAGUGUGUGUCCAGCUGACCGUCAGUGUGUGGGUCACCUCCAUUCUCUACUCCUCACUGCACACUGGUAACACUUUUCGGUUACCUUUCUGCCACUCCAAUGUUAUCAACAAGUUUUUCUGUGAUGUCCCCCAGCUGCUCCAGCUCUCCUGCUCUGACUCAUAUCUCAGUGAGGCAGGGAUACUUGUCUUUAGUGCGUGUUUAUUUUUUACCUGUUUUGUUUUCAUUGUUGUAUCAUAUGUUCAGAUCUUUGGUGUGGUACUGAGAAUCCCUUCCAAGCAGGGCCGCCAUAAAGCCUUCUCCACCUGUACUCCUCACCUCAUUGUGGUCUCUCUGUUUAUUCUCAGUGGCAUUUGUGCCUAUUUAAUACCUACUUCCAGCACCCCAUCAGCUCUGGAUUUCAUAGUAGCUGUUCUAUAUGCCAUAUGGCCUCCAACGGUCAAUCCCAUCAUCUACAGCAUAAGAAAUAAGGAGAUCAAAGGUGCCCUUGGUAAAAUUCUUGUCUGGAAAUAA